AUCACCCCCCAUGUCGUACUAUUUGAUUAGGUCAAACUGUGUUGUUGAUAUACAACAUUGCCGACUGAUCUUGUCACACAUGUCGUUUUAUGUUAAAUGAUUCUUUUGCACCAUAUGAAUAACAAAAAAAACAAAGUAUCAUCGAGUGAUUGAAUCAGUUUCUUCUUCUUCUUUUUUUAAGUAAAAAUGUGAUCGAUACGGUUUCUCUUAUGAAUGUAUCCAAAAGAAGGAGACUUUUGGCUUUAGGAAGAUGUCAUCUCAGGCAUAAAAAGCUCUGCUUUUCUUGUCUUCUUCACGGACUAUAUAUCCUUCCUGCGUCAGAAGAAUGGGUCACAUGGAGAGUUUGGUUAUGACAACUUAUAUAAACCUAUUUCUCAACUCUCUGUUACCUCAACGUAGAUUAUACAUUUUUACUUGGUUUUCCCAAAUUUUUCUUCUCUCUCAAAACAGAGUAUUCGUUGGAGUUUUUCUUUAAAAGAAAAAGUUGUCCCUUUUUUCAUUUCAGUCUUUCUCGGGAUCUAUCGCAUUGCCGUGAAAGUCUCAAAUGCUCAUCCAAUAAAGCAAAUACAAACAAACAAAAAGGUGAACACUUUUGUCCGAAAAUUGAGCUCUUUGAGACGUGAGAGCGUUUACGAAACGCGUAAUCCCGCAAAAAAAAAAAAAAACUCUCUCCUUCUUCCUCUCUGUGUCAAGUUUGUUUCUUUUUUUUUUCUUUGGACAAUGACGUUUUUUGAAAAUGAAUCCAACCUGGACCGAUUCAUCCGCUGCACUACACCAAUCGUCCCUGCCUAUUCCCUCCCAAAGACACAGAUCAAGAACCUCAAUCGUCUAUGGUACCCGUUGGAGAGCAAGACCGUCGAGUAUUUCAGGUUGAGCGAUUUCUGGGAUUGUUACGACGAGUGGAGCGCGUACGGUGCAGGUGUUCCCAUCUUGUCCGAAACCGGCGAGACAUUGGUCCAGUACUACGUUCCUUACCUCUCUGCGAUACAGAUUUUCACCUCUCAUUCUGCUCUCAAUGCUCUAAGGGAGGAGACGGAAUCUGGAGAUUCAGGGAGCGAGUCGUGUAGCGAUGAGUGGAGAUGGGAAGGCUGUUCUUCUUCAGAGGAAGGAUUUGAUCAUCAAGAACCUCUCGACCGCCUCGGUUACUCUUACUUGCAGUAUUUCGAGAGAUGUACUCCUUAUUCUCGAGUCCCUCUCAUGGAUAAGAUCAGGGGUUUGGGAGAAAGACACGCGGGAUUGAGAUCUUUGAGAAGUGUUGAUCUGUCUCCUGCGAGUUGGAUGGCUGUUGCUUGGUACCCAAUCUAUCACAUCCCUAUGAAUCGAAGCAUUAAGGAUUUGUCUACUUGCUUCCUCACUUACCACACGCUUUCCUCGUCUUUCCAAGAUGUGCAGAAAGAGGAGAAGGAGAGGAUAAGUGUUGGUGCAUUUGGGAUGGCCACUUACAAAACGCAAGGGAGGCUAUGGGACAAUGAUAGGUUGCUUUGCCUUUUGAGCGUAGCAGAUUCUUGGCUAAAGCAGCUAAGGGUCCACCACCAUGACUUCACCUACUUCACCACUACUCCUUAUUAUCUCUGAAAUACAUAGCGUUUUAGAUCCAUAUACUUGGUUAACAAUCUAUUUAGUUUUUGUGUGUGUUAAUUAAUAAUGUUGGAUAACAUUUGGAAGUCUUAGAAAAGGACAUGCACUGGCUUUUUUUUCAUCAAAAUGUUCUUUAACUACAUAGAUUUGGUUUUGGGUUCAUGUGAUUGAAUGAUGGGAUCAAUACAUUUAUUAGCUUCUAACGUUUUGUAGCAUUUUUAUUGAGGUAUAUCAUGGCAGUUAAUAUUGAAAUAUCUCUAC